AUGCAGAGCUCACCCUCCAGCUCGUCCCACGAGGACAUGUACAAGAACGAAAAGAAGGAACUCAAGGUCGUCCACGCCGGCGAUGUCGACCUCAACUUGGUGCAGGGCUUCGACGCCCCCAGGCCCUCCAGGAUGACCCGUCGUGCCAUGAUCCUCGCCCUUGCCAUCUGCAUCGGCGGCUUCUUGUUCGGCUAUGACAUCGGAGUCAUCAGCGGUUGCUUCAUCAUGGACCCCUUCAAGCGCGCCUUUGGCGAUGCCACCGCAGAAGGCUACAACAUCCCUGAGGGUCGCAUUUCCCUCAUCAACUCGUCCCUCUCCAUCGGUACCUUUGUCGGCGCUCUCCUUCAGGCGCCGGUCUCUGACUUCUUCGGUCGUAAGCCUUCGAUGAUCACCUGGGCCGCUGCCUACACCGUCGGCGCCGUCAUUCAGACCGCCACCAUCAACUCGUGGCACCAGUUCGCCGUCGGUCGUGCCAUUGCCGGUCUCGGUGUCGGCGCUCUCUCCGGUCUCUGCCCGCUCUACCUCGGCGAGACCGCUCCCAAGCACAUCCGUGGUGCCAUGGUCACCUGCUACCAGCUCCUCAUCAUCUUCGGUAUCUUCCUCUCCUACGGCAUCUCGUGGGCUACCCAGAACUUCAAGGUCUCGGACGCAUCGUGGAAGAUCCCCGUCGGUCUUCAGCUGGCAUGGGGUGUUGGCAUGCUUGCUCUCCUGCUACUGCUCCCUGAGUCGCCCCGAUACUGUCUCAAGAACGGCGAGGUGACCCGCGCUCGCGCCAUCAUGGCCGACAUGCGAGAUGUCCACAUGCAGGACAUCAACGGCGAGCUGCGCGGCGACAAGUGGAUGGAGGCCGAGCUGCUCGAAAUGAAGCAGGGUAUCGACGAGGAGAACUCCAUCUUUGCCGGUCACAGCUACCUCGGCUCCUACCUCGUCUGCUUCUCGACCAAGAAUCAGAUGUGGAAGCGAACCAUCAACGGUAUGAUGCUCCAGACGCUGCAGCAGCUCAACGGUCAGAACUUCUACUACUACUACUUGCCUCUGCUCAGUUCGACGCUCGCCCUGCCGCUCAACCCGUUCCAGAUCCAGUUCAUUCUUGGAUCUGCUUCGUUGAUCGCCACAGUACCCGCGCUGAUUGCGAUCGAAAAGCUCGGUCGUCGUCCGCUUUUGCUCAUCGGUGCCGCAUGCGAAGCUGCUUGCGCUUUCAUCGUCGCCUUCGUCGGCCACUACAAGACCGCCCCCAAGGACACCCCCGCCGACAUGAUCACCGCGUCUCAACAUCAGGCUGGUGCCGUCUUUAUCUCGUUUGCCAUCAUCCACCUGCUCUUCUACUCGUGCUGCUGGGGCCCUGGUCCGUGGCUGUACCUCUCCGAGUCGUUCAACAGCCCCACGCGAGCCAAGGCCAUCUCGCUCGGUAGCGCCUCCAACUGGAUCUGGAACUUCCUCCUCUCCUACUUCUCCAACCAGAUCGCCGCCCAGUACGGUCCGUUUAUCAUGCUCAUCUUUGGUAGCGUGCUCAUCUUUGCCUGGUUCUACGUCUACUUUAUGGUUCCCGAGACCAAGGGCAUUUCGCUCGAAGAUGUCGAGCUGCUUUACUCGCAGCACAUCAAGCCGUGGAAGUCGGCAGCGUGGGUCAAGGAGCGCGGACUCGACAGGGAGGUCGAGGAUCGCGUCAUCAAAGCCUGA